UAUCAAGGUCUGCUGUGGAUUAGUUGGCGCGGCUAAGCAAAACUGAAGCAGGAGUAGUCGUGGCGCUUCUUAACUCGCAAAUCGCUAUGCUUUCUGGAAGUCCAUCUCUCAUGGAGGCUUCUUCCUUUCCUAUGCCUCUUGUGUCGUCUCGUCCUCAAAUUCUAAGUUGGAACCUUUCAGCUAAACCUAACCGUCCUCUCCAUUUUAGAGGAAAAGAAAGAGGAUGGAUGAAUCGACGAAUCAGUCUCAUUCGAGUACCUCCCAUCUGUGCUAUGGAUGGAGGCACUGCUUCCAACCUUGCUCCGGUGGAGAUUAGCUGGCAAAUCGCAGUUGGUGCAUUAGCCGGUGCGACGCCCUUUAUCGUUGCAGGGAUUGAAUUUGGCAAGCGAAUUGUGGCGCAGAGAAAAUGUGGAACAUGUGGAGGAUCUGGACUUGUUCUGAGGGAUGAAUACUUCUCCCGCUGCCCGACAUGUGGUGGCUUCCUGCCAUGGCAAUCAUGGAAAAGAUUCUUCACUGGCUAAGUUCUUGAUGUAACCAGUAAGUUACCAGAAUUUGUAGCUCUACCCAAAGAUCUCCUCUUAUUGCCAGUUUUCCAUGUAAAUUUUCUCUAUAUAUGUGAUGAUUUUUAAAUAUUUAAAUGCGUAUUUUCAUUAGCAAUUGCUAAUUAAUUCACCUGGA